AUGCCUAUCUCGACAAAAAACGCCGUGAUUGUCCCCAAAUCGGGCUCUAAAGCAGCAGAAAACGGCGAGCGCAUGAAUGGCAAUGGCGUGUCGGCGGCACCAAAGGCUUUGGAAGACACAUUUGCUGAUAAAUAUGGCCAUUGCGACCACUUUGAGCAAGACUCAGCUGACCAAGUUGACUCCAUUGACCAUGUUGACUCCGUUGACCACUUAAACCCUUCCGUUGACCAUUGUGAAAGUGGGAAGGGGCCAGCUGUCAUGUCGGUGGCUUCCAUGAUGCUGGAUGCGCAGGCUGACUUGCUUGACUCGCUUGAACGCCCCGAGAUCCUGGGAUUUAUUGACGGCCUCACACCGUUACUGAUGGAGCGACCCAAGCUGGUGGUGGAGCUGGGCGCGGGCAUUGGCCGCUUCACUGCUGACCUGGCAUGCAGGGCCACGUGGCUCACUGCUCUUGACUUCCUGCCGCACGCCCUGGCUGCGAACGUGCAAGCACAUGCGUGCCAGCAUCCCAACGUGGACUUCGUCUGUGCUGACGUGGCAGAUGCCACGUCAGCUGCUCUGCUGACGAGGCUGGCGCCCGACCUGGUGUUCUCCAAUUGGCUGCUCAUGUACCUCUCGGACUCCGAGGUGCACGCAUUAGCAAAGCUGCUGCUGCGCGCCCUGCCCCCCGGGGGCUUAUUCUUCUUCCGCGAGUCGUGCCUCGAGCAGUCUGGCAGCCAGCAGCGCCGCUCCAACCCCACCCACUACCGCCAUCCGCUCUUCUACUGCCAGGCCUUCUCAGAAGCUCAUCGUCCCAUGCAUGAGGAGCAAAACCAACAGCAUCAUCAGGAGCAGCAGGGGCAGCAGGGGCAGCUGCAGGCGAAGCAGCAGGGCGGGGAGUGGAGGUUCAGUCUGAGGGAGAUGAGGAGCGUUGCAGCGUACUCCCGAGUGAAAGGGUGCCAGACGCAGGUGUGCUGGGUGUGGCAGAAAGUGCUGCAUACCACACACAAGGAACUGCACACCACCCAGAGCAAGAGGCAGGCGGGCAAGGAGGGACAUGAGGGGAGCAUAGAGAGCAAGACGAGCGAAGGGCAGGAGGCAAGCAAGGAGAGGGAAGGGAGCGAGGAGGCAGAGCAGUACUGCCUGGAGGGCAUUCUGCGUUAUGAGCACAUCUACGGGCGCGGCUUCGUCAGCACUGGCGGCCGUGCAUCGACGCUCGCUCUCCUCCCGCUGCUCUCACUGUCCCCCAAGCACCGAGUGCUGGAUGUGGGGUGUGGGUUGGGGGGCAGUGCUCUGCUUAUGGCUGAGACCCAUGGUGCAAGCGUGCAUGCCAUCGACCUCUCUCCUACCAUGAUCUCUCUCGCCAUCGAGAGAUCCCGCAGCAUCCGUGCUGCGGAUGCCACGUCAGCAUCCACGUCAGCAUCCGUGCCCGUGUUGCAGUUCGAAGUGGCUGACUGCCUGACCAGAAACUUCCCCGAUGCUUCCUUUGACUGCAUCUACACCCGCGACACCCUGCUUCACAUCCAGGACAAACCAUUCCUGUUCGCCCGUUUCCACCGCUGGCUGAAACCGGGCGGCAGAGUGCUGAUCACGGACUACUGUAGCGGAAAGGACAAGGAGGAAGAGUGGUCGGAGGAGUUCAGGGGUUACGUGGCACAGCGCGGUUACCACCUGGUCACCGUCAAACGCUACAGUGAGAUGCUCCAGGCAGCUGGUUUCCACGUGCUCAAGGCCGAGAAUCGAUCACAGCAGUUCCUUGACAUUCUGGAGGAGGAGAAGGCUCGGGUUCUGUUCGAUAAAAGUAGCCACGUGUCAGAAUGGGAUGAGCAGCUGCUGGCAGGAUGGACGGCCAAGAUGAAGCGCGUGAGGGAGGGGGACCAGGCUUGGGGGCUGUUUCUGGUGGAGAAAAAGGAGUGA